GCGGUACGCAUGCGCCCGCCCCGCGCACCCUGACCGCGCAACCCGCCAUACAUGGUCUAUCGUAUUUCACCUGCGACACGCUAAUAAAACGCGAUGAAAACUCGUCUCAUCGCCUGAUAACAGUGAAUUUCGCUUUCAAACAUGAAUUUCGCUCCUUUCACGGGGCACAUUCCGACGGCGGCGUCCAUCCCGACUAUCCACCAGUUCGCCGCGAAGUUCGGCUACGAGGGCAAUGGUGGCGGGUCGAGUGUGGUGCAGGAGACUCGGUACCAAGGCGGCGGGGUGCAGUUCGCGGUGCCGGCCGGCGGGUCGGUCACCGUGGAUGGGGUCAAAUUCCGCCAGGCUGAGAGUGUAGUGGUGGUCAGUAGCGCCCAACCGGGCGUUACCCUAACUGGCAUAGCACCUAUACACACAGUGAACACCGGAGUGAAGUAUCAAACGAUAUCGUCUUCUUCUGUGAACCUCGGGAACAUCGCAUAUGGUGGCGGUCAGACGAGCUACGUACAAGAAACUGUGCAGCAACUGAAGGCAGAACAGAGAGACAAACGCGAGUACAGAGAGGAAUUACAUCACGACUUGAUGGCCACCAUGAUGCAACAGCAAGUGACGCAAGCGGCUCCGCUGCAGCAGGGCACGCAGCAGCUGCUGGUAGUUCUUCACGAACCAAAGGAAGCAGCCGCGCUCGCCCGCGCCAUCAAGCAGGAGGGCCGCGCCGACCGCACUGCCUUGCCCGCGCCCGCUGAGUUCAUCAGUAUCGGCGACGUAACCGACACAGCAACGUGGCAGUCGCUAGGCGGCGGCGUGGCUGACUACCUGUCCGCUCUGCCACUACCUCUGCACCACCUGCUCAAAUACUCCACGGACGGGAAACGAGACGAUCAACCCACCAUAGUGACAGUCACCAACGCACUGCCGGCUAUGCCCAAUAUAGCCACGCAAUUACCAAACAAUGCGAUGAACAGCGUGGUGGUUCAGACGGCGACCAUAGUGAACCAGACGGUGAACACAAACACCCAGACGCAGACUGUCACUGUCGCGACACCUAAGAAGAAGAAAAAGAAGAAAAACGCCAAAGAAAAGAAACCCCGCCCAAAACCGGGCGAGAUUCGACUCACUACUGCGUUAGAUGGCAGCACACUAUACUGCUGUCCGGAAUGUCACAUGGCGUAUCCAGAACGUGGUCUAUUAGAACAACACUUAGUUGGACACACUAUGGAGAGAAGGUUCAUAUGCGACAUCUGCAACGCCGCCUUAAAGCGUAAAGACCACCUGACUCGGCACAAGCAGUCCCACAACCCAGAGCGGCCGCACGUGUGUUCCGUCUGCUUGAAAGCUUUCAAGAGGAAGGAACAAUUGACACUACACUUCGUCAUACACUCCGGCGAGAAACGGCACAUCUGCAACGAGUGCGGCAAAGGUUUCUACCGCAAAGACCAUUUGCGUAAACACACGCGCUCGCACAUCGCUCGUCGCGUGAAGGCGGAGUUAUCUCAACAAACGCCUACUUCCGCGUCCUGACCCGUUUCCGCUGUCGCCCCAGCGCCAUCUAUUGAACAUGAUGACAAACAAGACCUACUCACGCUCAUCGCUGCGGCUAAGGACGCCUUCUGAUUAUAUAAGCAAGUCGUCUAACAAACACAUACACUUACCCCUCGUUUACACCAAGGUAUAAUACAUGUUGUAUACAAUACUUGCACCAAACUUGUUGGAUAAACAAAAUAUAAAUAAUAAUAAUUAAAUAUUUCCAACACUCACACCAAUUAGCCUAGCCCCAAAAUAAGCACUGUAAGGCUCGUGUUAUGGGUUACUAGGGUAACGGAUAGGAUACAUAUACCGAUACUAUAUAAGUAUAUUUAUAUAGAAAUACAUAUUAAACAUCCAUGACGGGAGUACAAACGCUCGUAUUCAUCACACAAACAUCUGCCCCCACCGGGAUUCGAACCCAAGUCGACCUCUCGAGUCGGCGACACCAUGAAACACGGCGUAUAAACCACUCGGCCACGGAGGUCGUCAAAGUAUGUGAAGUAAAUAAGUGAUUUAUACUUGUAAGAUACUAGUUGUCUAUGCAGUGUAAACGAAAGAAUAUUUUAAACAGUCAGAACAGUACUCUACAAGUUUUGUUUAAAACUAGUAUAUGACUUGUUCCUUGUUGGAAACGAGGGGUUAAACGGUACGAUACGAACAUGAUUUCGAAAUACAUUUUACCAACAAACAUUUGAGUGGCCAAACGUUCAGAUAAUUUAACACACCCCCGAAUGAACUACAACUUGCUAUAGGAUCUGUUCAAAGAAUCAGAAAUGAUAUGAAAGCAUUACGCCACAAAUAAACUUCAAUACAACGCGACACGCACACAGAUAAAGCAAAAUACCUCGACAAAUCAAAUAUCUACAAAUUAAUUCGGUUAUCUGUUCAUUGGGUAAGAUAAUCUUAAACGGCAAUUCCGACCAAUCCUAUGAUCGUGGUGUAGGUUGCAUUUUUCGCCACGCCCACCUAAUCGCAGCUUGCGUAGUACCACUUUUGGGCGCAGUUCGUAUUCCAUAUUAUAUCUAAUUCGCUGGAUCUGUUAGUUGGUGAAAUGAUUUCAAAAUUUUGGAGACCUACCCAUGAUAAAAACGGUGACAAACGGUGAUAAAAAAACACAACAGCAAAACAUACCCAUAGUUCGCCUGAUAAUAAGCGACCGCCAUAGCCUGUAGACGGUUGACUUACUGUAUAGUGGACUGUGAACCUCAUGCCGGCUAUUAAAUCAGCGGAAGUCGCGGCGCAUUAAACGAAAAGUCGCGCGAUGCUGAAGUACAGUGCGACAAAGAUCUUAUGAAUGUGAAUAAGAGUUCAGGUAGGGCGCCACUGCCUUCGCAAAUGAUAUACAAAAAACGAGCGAGCCUUACAGUAGUCGCGAAUGAUGUGUAACAUUUGAAACCCACCUUAUUUUACUAAAAAAAGAAAUAAAAUCUACUACAAAAGGAAUAAGCCAUUUGAACAUUAUGUUCUAAAAUCAAAUCAAAUAGCGCGCGCUUUCGCGACCUCCUGUUACACACUUCCGUCCCAUUUCACGAAAUCACUCCCACACAUUGCAGGAAAGCGAGAGGAAAGAUGUUACACAUCAAAAAAACGAGUGAGCCUUACAGUAGUCUCGUAUGAUGUGUAACAUUUGAAACCCACCUUAUAUUAGUAAAAAAAGAAAUAAAACCUACUACUACAAAAGGAAUAAGCCAUUUGAACAUUAUGUUCUAAAAUCAAAUCAAAUAGCGCGCGCUUUCGCGGCUUCCUGUUACACACUUUCGUCCCAUUUCACGAAAUCACUCCCACAAAUUGCAGGAAAGCGAGAGGAAAGAUGUUACACAUCAUAAAUAUACGGCGGUGUUACUUCGAAUUUUCGCAACAUUCCUAUAGAUCCUUGUAGCACUCUAGGCGCGCGCAGAAUUCACUAAACUGAAACCUGCGCGUUGUUGGUCUAGCUGCUAACUUCACAACCGCCAUAAAGUUUGGAUCACUCUCUUAGUGCAUAUACUCUAAGGUAUUUAUUAAUAUGCAUUGAGUGUAUGCUCUAACAUCACACAAUAUCACUUGCACGUUGCCUAUCCUAACCCAAUCCUCGCUCCGUGGGCUUGGAAUUUUACUCAUCGAUAAAAUCACAACACCAUCUAAAGUACUUUUUUACUGUGCUAUGUAUCUACUGUAUCCUAUAAGUUCGAGGGUAAUUCCUCAGAUGAGCGCUCCAGUUCGAGCAGAAAACCCGCUAUGCCUUACCUCUCUUAUAAAGCUUAUAACUUAUUAAGAUUACUUAAUUUUGCGAGCUUUUAUAAGUUUCGUAACACUGGUUUCGAUUCUGGCAUGUUUCUCUAAAGCUGAACUUAAAUUUGACAGCAGUGUAUCCUUGUCAUUCUCUAUACAGAAUGAAAAGGACAGACUGCUGUUAAAUUUAGUUUUAAGUUUAGAGAAUCCUGCCAGAAUCGACACCACUAUUCUCAAAAUGAUAUCUCGACAUUUUGAAUUACUGAAUUGUGUACAUUGUGAGUAUUAGGCAUUGGAAUGGAACAACUUAGACAAAAUAAUUUUAAUUCAAACAUUGAUUAGAUGCUGAAGAAGAAAUCUUAUCAAAAUGAUUUUUAAAAAAUUACAGGAUAAACCUGUCAUGAUUUUUAAUAACGACACUAAUUUUUUGGUAAUAACUUUUUACGUUCAUAUAGCAUAAUGUUAUUCUGUUUCAAAUAGUUUUUUUUUUCAUUUAAGUACUAUUAUAUUAUAAUUAAAUUAUUAUCUAUAUAACGUAGAUAAAUAUAAAUUGUAAAUUAAAAAUAUUGUUAAACUCGAAAUAGCAAUAUUAAAAAGUAAAUUCUGAACACUCUUUAAUGGGGUCUAUUACUACCUAACACAAUGAGAAUAAUUAUGAAAUUGUAUAUAUCUAAUAACAGAAACUAAAGACGAUUAUAGUUUAUGUAAAUAAAUAGAUUAUUCCGAAAAUAAUAAUGUACUUAUUAGGAAUAUAUUAUUUGAUUAUUCAGUAAAUAAAAACAUUUCAUUCUGUGAUUUGUAGUAAAAUCUAUGAUGAUUAUUUAAAUUAAUGAAUUACAUAAAACUCAUAUCUAUGUACACUAGCUAUAUACUUAAGUAUAUAGCCUAAGUUUUAGUUAUUUACGUUACGUCGCCAAUACCGCCCGAUUUAAGGUCAGUAACUCACCAUAAUAUGGAAAUCUGAUCAAAAGGUUUGUGAUCAGGCAUAGGUCAAAACAGUAUUUUUUAUUUUAUUUUCAGUUACACCUGAUUGUUUUGAGGGAAUCACUCUUGAAUAAAAAAAAAUAUUGUAAAUAUCAUAGUUGAGUAAUAAUUACUUUGACCAAAGUUUGGAGGAAAUAAAUCUAGUGUAUCAUUGUAUAUUCAUAAUAAUCUUAAAAUUGAUUCGUCAUUGAAAGUUUUUUAUAAUGUUGUAUUCGUUAUUAUUGUACAUAAACAAUACAUUACUAUUGUGAUAUGUUUUUUCCAUAUACUUUGCUGUGAUAAAAAUAAGAUCUAAGUUAUGAAUAUUGUUCAGAUAUUCAAUUGUUGGCUACAGUUAUUAAAAGAUGGUUUUUAAAAUUAGUUUUUAUUAUGUGGGGUUAUCGUUUACUUUGAAAAUUUAAUAUAUGUUAAAAAUAAUUGUAAUUAUGAAUUUGAAAAGUAUAUAUUAUGUUCCCUUAUAGCUUACUUGUUAUAUUGUAUAUCUAUGUAUGUAAAAUGUUUAUAAAUGUAGUUCUUUAUAGAAUAGUUGAAGAUGUAGGUAAAAGAAUAUUUUUGUAAUAAUUUAAGGGCAAAUCUUUUUAGAUUUUUAAGUUCCCAAGUGGAACCAAGUACAAAGAACUAUUUAAGCGUCGAGAAGUAUUUACGAGGCAGCAGGUCAGUAUAAUAUAAAGCAAUAUUUUAUCAGCUUUACUCACUUCAAUAAGUGUCUGUUUUUGCCAAUGUACAUUCAAAUAUAUGUCAAGAUAUCCGAAACUGACAAUUUUCUCCAACCAUUUUUGAGCUUUAUCCUGCGUGGUGUAAGAUUUGACAUAUUGAGUUGCUUUAUAUUUUCGAUUUUACAUAAACGAAUUGGGAUCUUGCCCAACCAAUACUAAGUGACCACAGGUUGUUAUCUACAUUGCUUUCUAGCUUUUGCUAAAUUUUAUAAUUUGUCUGCCCGAAAAAAAAACAGUCGGUUGAAAAGCCACCAUAAAAACCUUUAUUAUAUAGUACAGAUUAAUAAACGCUUUCUUUUAUUUUUUACUAGAUAAAGACCGAUUUCGACAAAUAUUCUAAUAUAAAAACUCACAAGACGAUACAUCCAGUUGUUAACAUUGUUCUAAGAUGAUGUAGGUACGACAUGAUUAACAAAAAUACGAAUUGAUAACACGUUGUAACUGUGCAUCCAAACAUGUCUCAAAAAUCUGCAUUGCUAUAAUAUUAAUUAUUAAUACAAUGUUAUUUUUAGUUCUAGUGUGUCAUAAUAAUACAUAAAUAUGAAAAUACAUUUUAUGAAAUAGAAAAGUGCUUCCGUUAUAUUUCCGAUCUUGUGCUUUUAAGAA